CAUUUUGCUCAGGAAGCCUUGUUAUUAGAAUAUAAUGAAAUUAAAUGUCAAACUGCUAAAGAUCAGAUUCUAGGUCGGGUUCUAAAUUAUGUUCGCAACGGUUGGCCUGACAGUUGCGACAUAGUGGGUAUGCAACCCUAUUUUAAUAGGCGAAACGAGUUGUAUGAGGAGUUGGGUUGCGUAAUGUGGGGACACAGGCUAGUAGUACCAGAAAAAUGUCGGGAAAAAGUAUUAAAUAUGAUACACGAGCCCCACAUGGGCGUCGUGAAGUCGAAGGCGAUAGCUCGCAGCUACGUGUGGUGGGCAGGAGUGGACGAGGCGGUGGAGCGGGUGUGUCGCGCGUGCGCGGUGUGCGCGGCGCAGGCGGACGCGCCGCCGCGGGUGCCACACUCGCCCUGGCCGUGGCCGGCGCGCCCGUGGACGAGGCUACACCUCGACUUCAUGGGACCAAUAUUCGGAAAGACUUAUUUAAUAGUUGUAGACUCCACUUCCAAAUGGAUCGAGGUGUUUCCGGUACCUAGCACAGCAGCCAAUUGGACGAUAGACAAGCUCGUUGAAUUAUGGGGACGAUGGGGCAUUCCUAAGCAGUUGGUCAGCGACAACGGCCCGCCAUAUUCUAGUAGCGAAUUUGCGAAGUUUACUAGAUCAUACGGCAUAGAUCACAUAUUUGCGGCACCGUAUCAUCCAUCCUCCAACGGGGCAGCGGAAAACGCAGUUAGGACUAUCAAACGAGUUGUCAAAAAGGCCAUGUAUGAAAAACAGUCGAUAGAUAGGGCUUUGCACACAUUUUUGUUGUAUUAUAGAAAUACGGAACAUGCGACGACCGGACAGAGUCCCAGCAUGCUGCUGCAGGGCCGGCGCCUGCGCACGCGCCUGGACGCGCUGCGGGCGGACGUGGGCGGCCGCGUGAGCCGCAUGCAGCGCCGCCAGCUCGGGGGCGCCGCCUCGGGGGCGACCAAUCGCGAAAUACACGCGGGGGAGGAUGUGUGGUAUAGGCAAUAUCUUAGGGGCGAAAAGUGGGAACCGGGAAAGGUCAUUAAUAAAUUAGGUCCUAAAAACAUGGAGGUUAGGGGCAUAGAUGGUUCUCAGGUUCAUAGGCACGUAGACCAGUUAAGACGGAGAUCUAGGAAUUCGCUUGUUUUCCCAGCAAAAGAUAAACAAGAGAACCCAAACGUUGUGAACACUUCUGACACAGCAGAUGUUGUAACGGUGGGCGUUUCGCCUCGAGGGUCGGAGGCUCAGUCGGAGCGGGGCGCGGGGUCCGUGACGCCGGCGCGGGCGCAGGCCCCUCCGCCGGCAACUCCGUCCGGCUCGCCGGAAGAAUCAGCUGAUCAGUUCUUAUCGCCGGAGUCAUCGCCCGCCAGUGUGCCGCCCCAGUCUCGUCCUAUACGUACUUGCAAUUUGCAUAAAAACCCUAAAUAUAGAUUUUAGAAUAAGUCAAUUGUUAUUGCUAUGUUCAACGUGUAUAGACGAAGAAUACUUACAUGUAAUUAUGUGUUUUAUUGGUUCUUAGAUUAUUGUGUAACUGAUAACAACUAAAGUUAAAUAAAUAGGUAAUCAGUAUUGCCCAGUAUAACUACAAACGUUGCUUAUGUUUUUAAUUUUACGAAUGUUAAAUGCUAUAUAUAUAGGAUUAACUUACGUCUUUUGUUUGAUUGUUAAUGCAUUCCUUUGUUAUUGUUAAAGAUAAGACAAACGCUUUAAAUUUAGAAUUAGUUGUGUAAUUGGUGUGGGGGUAUUGUAGGGUAUGCUUAGUGAGUUACGAAUAUUGAUUGAGGGUAGCAUAUGUGUCAUUCAUUCUGGAAAUAAAGUGCGCUCGGUGAACAUCA